AUGGCUUGCUCUAAGCGUGACUUCGGUCGCGCCUUCGACGAACCUGCCGGCAUCCAAGGCGACGUGUUCGCUGCAGAGCCACAGGACAUCUACUCGUCGCCAGCACGUUAUGUCCCUGGCCAAUGGCCAGAGGAUAACUCAAUCAUCGAGGAGGCGUCCGCUCCUGCCACAAGCACGUCCUUCCUCACCACUCUCGCCCACUUUGCGACAUCCAUCACCUUGGAGGUCUGCAAGACACCCCGACGCCUUAGGCAGCGCUUCACGCGUCCGCAGCAGAUUGUCGCAGUCCCCAUCAUCAGACAGGACGGCGCAUCGAAGAGACGCCUAGUCGAUGCAGGUCUUGCGCCCAUUACCCCAACCCGCAGACGCGACUCUGCAGGUCGUCAAGGCCCUGACGUCACGCGCACUCCCGGCCUUUGGGUCGAGAUACCUCCCAGCCCAACCUCCAACUUACCUCAACACUCUGAAGGCCUCCAGGAUGACGGCAUCGACGACAGCCUUGACUGGUCGAUGGACGAUGUCGACUCCGGCACACCACCUCACAACCCUCGAACCGGCUCUUCCACCGGUAUCAGCUGGCUUCGACGACCCGAGAGAGGGACUCUCACACCCAAGACGAGGGUCAUCUCCCCCAACUCCCAGUUCACGAUUCUUCGCCGCUCCUCCGUCACCCCGAUGCGAAAGCAGCUCCUUAAGAAGCAGUUGCGGGCUGUGGAGGCAGUCACAGUCACCUCGUCACCAGUCCUGCGCCAACCCGACCACACCUGGGCCUUACCAAUCUCACCCAGCCUCACCAUCACCGAGCUGAAGAAGAAGGCACUGGAGUCGUCAGUCCUUAGCAUCAACGCGCCUGCAGUCGCAGCCAGCGCUCGAUACAAGGCUGAGCUCGAGGAUCGGGAAAACCGAGACGCCGAAGCACGGGCCACAGCCGAGCACAACUUCCUCAACCCUGUCGAGACCGUCGACAUUGACCUUUCAUAUCGCCCCGACGCUAGCAACCUCAGCAGCAGCUUCGAGUCCUUGCGUACGCCAUCACCUUCACCUUCCCAGAAAAGGAGCAUUCGAUGGGCUUCCCAGAGCCGCGUCAAGUCCUAUUACGUCGACGAGCGCAUCAGCGAUAUGCUGGACUCCACCCUAGAUUCGAUUCGAUUACCUAUUCCCAAGCCGAACUUCGAAGAUGAUGAGGACGACGAUGAGGACGCCAAAGACCUCCAGGGUAUUACGUUUAAGAACCCUUGCCCCACUUCUGACUCGGACGAUUCCGUUGAUGGCCCAUCCUUGGAUGGUUCUCUCGAAGAAUCCCAGCUGUCCAGUGAGCUGCUUCAAGAUCUUGAAGAUGACUUCAAGAACCUCCUGGCGCGGCAGCCACCGCCACCGCCACCGCCAAAGCCACUCAUCGCCCCACUUACAGACAAGGAGCGCGCCCAGCUUCAGGAUAUCGCCACCAAGUCCAAACAUGGCCGCAACGAGUCGUAUCCCAUCUUGCCCGACAAGAUCUCUGCCCGGGACUUCGGCACCCUGCUACCUGAUCAGUUCAAUGGCAGCGCAAAAGCAUGGCUGAAUGAUGAAAUCGUCAACCAGUACCUCUUCGUUAUCAUGAAAUCCCUGAAUGAUGACUGCGGCUUCGUCUACAAGCGUGGUGGUCCGGCUCCACCAUACCACGCUUUCUCUUCACACUGGUACACCUCCAUCAAGGGUGGCGUAAAGAAGGUCGAACGGUGGGCUGGUAGAGUCGGCCUUGGUGGCGCACAAUUUUUGGACGCUAAGAUCGUCCUAUUUCCCAUCUGCGACGGAUCCCACUGGCGACUGCUCGCUGUCAAGCCUCAGGAGCGGACGAUUGAAUACCUGGACUCGCUGGGCUGGGAGGGCGCAAAGUACGUCGCAAAACUUCGCGAAUACCUCCAGAAUGAGCUCAAGGACUUGUGGAAGGCAGAGGAGUGGACGGUCGUCGAGCUGCAGCGCAGCUCUCGGCAGCUCAACGGCAGCGACUGCGGCGUGUUUGUGCUGCUCAACGCUCUGGUGUUGCUGCGCGGCGAUGAAUGCAAGAAGGUUAUAGCAUGCAAUGGCAUGCUGGAGGCCAGGGAGAGGCUGGCAAUGACGAUUAUUACUGGGCAUCCUGUAGAGUUGGAUUACUGAGCGUGGAGGGAUUCAGGGCGUUAUGGUUUCUUGCGGGGGUUGGUUUUGGUUUUGGGCAUUUUGGAGUUGAGUCGAUUAAGAUACCCCACCCAGCCAUAAAGGCUAUACGAAGUAAUGAAUUGUGUUGUUGUC